AUGUCUUUUGCUGAGAAGGAAGAAAAUGAUUCAAAGACUGCUGUGAACGAACUUCAUGACUGUGCCGACAACGGCGGUGUGAGAAAUCCUAAUUUGCAGGAUCAGACCUAUCUGGACAGUAGAUUUAAAGAAAUCGUAUUUGUGGGUUUCUGCAUGCUUUCACAGCUACUGAACCAGGCUGCUGCAACUCAGGCUAAUCCGCUUUUCAAUGUGAUUUCAAAUUCUCUAAAUUCUGGCACAUCUCAGCAAACAUGGCUCAUGGCAGCAUUUCCAAUGGUUUCUGGAUCUUUCAUUUUGGUUAGCGGGAAAGUUGGAGAUAUAUAUGGGCUCAAGAAAACUUUGAUAGUUGGAUACAUCAUUGUCAUUAUUUGGUCUUUAAUCUGCGGUCUGAGUUCUUAUACACGCAAUGUGAACUUCUUUAUCGUUGCAAGGGCUUUUCAAGGCCUUGGCAUUGCCUUUAUUCUUCCCAACGUUAUGGGUAUCGUCGGUAACAUUUACGUUCCAAAUACCAAAGCUAAAAACCUCGUAUUCAGCUUAAUCGGUUCAUGUGCCCCAAUCGGAGCAACAAUGGGUUGCGUUUCCUCUGGGCUGAUCGGACAGGAGUCCAAAAUCUGGGCGUGGGCAUUUUAUGCGUACGCCUUAACUGCGUUCUUGAAUUUGUGUGUGGCAAUUUGGAUCAUUCCCAACAAUAUACCGACAAAUGUUCACAAGUUCAAGAUGGAUUGGUGGGGAGCACUCUUAGGUGUGGUGGGGCUCAUUUUACUGAACUUUGUAUGGAAUCAAGCACCUAUCGAUGGAUGGAACAAAGUUUAUAUCAUUGUUUUGUUGAUUAUCUCGGUGAUUAUUCUCGCCGGCUUCUUCGUUUUCGAAGCGAAAGUGGCUACAGAGCCACUUCUGCCACGAGCCGCAAUGCGCAAUCGCAGACUUCUUAUGAUUUUGGCGUCGUUGUUUUUCGGAUGGGGAUCUUUCGGUAUCUGGACGUUCUACUAUAUGUCAUUCGUUUUGAACCUUCGACAUUACAGCCCGCUAUGGGCUGGAGGAACGUAUUUCAUGUUCGCAAUAUGGGGAAUUGUAGCCGCCUUGAUAGUCGGGUACACUCUUCACAUCUUUGGACCAGCAAUUAUCUUGCUGACAUCUAUGAUCGCUUUCGACUGUGGCUGCAUAAUGCUUUCAGUCACUCCGAUUGAUCAAACCUACUACAGAAUGACCAUGGGUAUCAUGAUUAUUUUAAGUUUUGGUAUGGACUUAUCAUUCCCAGCUUCGUCAAUUAUAGUUAGUGAUGAAUUACCAAGCCAGUACCAAGGAAUGGCUGGUUCACUGGUCAAUACGAUGGUGAGCUACUCGAUGUCGCUGUGCUUGGGGAUAGGUGGCACUGCUGAACACUAUAUCAAUAAGGAUGGCACAAAAUUACUCGAAGGGUAUAGGGCAGCACUCUAUGUUGGCAUAGGUCUUGCGUCCAUAGCAGUUCUAAUCAGCGCCACAUACUUGAUCGAGGAGCUAUGGUCAAAACGCAGAGAUUUGUAUGCUGAAAACUCCAAGAAUAGCUCUACACCUUUGGAGUAG